CUCCGUACCAAGCCGCAGGUCCAGAUAAAAGUCUGUGCUAAAAGGACAAGCAUAUACCUGCAGCUUUACCCUGACUUGACUACUACAUUUCUGAGACACAACGCUGGGUCCUGCGCUGCUUCCCAAAUACGAGGCUCUCCAGCUGUUGGUGGUGCACGCGACCCGAAUCAGCUGCGUGUGCUGCCAAAAAAAGACUGGAGCAAAGGUCUGACGCCUCCUCCAACCAACGGCGCAGAUCUUCAAAAUAAUGCCAGCUCCUUCUUCGAAAAAAAAACCAACAUAGCUGUUAAAGUGAGUUGUGGAAGAGCAGUCAUUUUUUCUCUAGAUCCCUUUUCUCGAAUAUAUAAGUUCAUUGGCUUGUCGUCUAUUUGGCCAACUCAGAUCAAUGUUUAUUCUCUUUGAUCUGUUGUUCUUAUAUUUUCAUCUCAUCUAUUUCCUUGCGGUUUCUCUUUCGUCCACUUCUCAGCUAUUUAUAAUGCCCAUUUCUCCAAAGAAGGGUUCAUCACCACCCUCUCUGCCUUUUGAAAAUGAAUAUGACUCCAGAUCCUCUUCAAGCUCUAAAUUAAAUGUUGCUGCUCCGAAUCCUGAUCCAAAACCAAUCGACAGUAACUAUCUCUUUGCUGCUCCCGAUCCACAAUCCUCUGUGUUAAAUGUUGGAUGGGGCCUAGGAGACUCCUCUGAUCCCAGUGUUCGCAGCUUUGACUCCAGUGAAGAUCUGGACAGUUCUACUGCAACUGUUUUAGAAGUUGCACAAUUUACCAAAAAACAGAAUUCUUCAAAUUUGUCUUCGCAACAGGCUUUAUAUCAGCUUCCCAAUAUAAGUUCAAAUGGUAUCAAACCUCCUAUCUUUAUGGAAAAUUCUAAACUGCAAAACUCUUCUAGUUCAACUAAACUAAAACCCUUUACUACUGACGAUAACAACUACAAUGAGCCUCAAAAGGAUCUAUUUAGUUCUAAAAAUUCAUUUGUUACCCUUGAUAAAUCAUCUUCUAAAGCUGAUAUUAAAACUCAAGAUUCUUCUAGCCGUAGUUCUUUUAAUGAGUUUGAAAAAUUUGAAACAUUUGAAACAUUUGAUAUCCCCCUUAGAGGCAGCUUAAAAGGUACUAAUCUCAUUUUUGAGAAAAUCAUAUCUUCAACAAAUUGGGAAUCAUUUUGGAAUAUACCUUCCGAGUACACUCAAUCAAUUGAGCCCUCAGUUAUUUCACAACAAUCUAUCAUCUUUGAUCUAAUCAAAUAUCAGUGCUCUGUUUUUAAUCUUCUCGAUCAAUUCCAAGCUGCAAGCAACGACUUGUUGUAUUUAGUCAAUACAAAACAUUCCCAAUUCUCAAAUACUUUUUUUUACCCUUAUAAAAUUAACAACUUUUAUGAAGAUUUCUUUGUUCCAUUUUUAAAACUCUCAAUCUUUUAUUCCAAAGAACUAAUAACUCCCCUAUUGAAUAUCAUAAUCCAAAAACAAGCUUUUAAUGAAAUAUUCAUUAAUAUCGAAGAAAUAAUUCCCAUUUUCCUUAAUUUUUUUUUAUUUUCCACUUCCUAUUGGUCAGAAUUCAUUUCAACUUAUUCGAAAUUUGAAAUGUUUUAUAAAAUUUUGGAUAAAAUAAAUAACCAAAUCAAAGAUAACUCAAAAAACACAGAUUUUGAAAAAAAAUCAAUCAUCAUUAAUAAUGACAAUAAUAAUACCAACAACAACAAUAAUAACAAUAACAAUAACAAUAACAAUAACAAUAACAAUAACAAUAACAAUAACAGUAAUAAUAAUAAUAAUAAUAACAUUUUAGAUGCAACUACUUUUUUCAAAAACUUUGAUAAGUGGAAACAAACCUUACAAGAAAAAAAUGUCAUAUCAGAAGCUGAUUUCAAUACUAUAUUUAUCAAUUACCGUUCUUUCAUUUUCAAUACUUUAUGUAUCUUUAAUAGUAUUGAAUAUCCUAAAUCAUUUCAAACCUAUAACAACCAAAACAAUAAUCUUUUUAUUGACUUUAUCAAGAUUAAAAGUCUAUUAACAUCUUUAAAUGAAUUUAUCAUGAAAAGUAGAGAAAGAAAUUUUGAUAAUUUAGUAAGACAAAAUUUAAAAUUUGAAAAACUUUAUAAUGGCAAUGUCAAUACAAAUUCUUCAAAUUUAAUACUUAAAUCUUUUUCUGUUGGUAAUAAAAGUAAUUCUAAAAAAGGAAGAAUCAAAAACAAAUCAAAUCUUUGGGUUUUUUUUCUUUUUCAAAAUUGCUUAAUUAUAUCCAUUUUCAAAACCAAUGGUUUUUUAUUUAUCGUUCAAGACAUAAUCCCAAUGGAUUAUUUAAUCAUUAAGAUUCCUGAUUCGAAUUCUUUUAUAAACGAUUCUACUUUAGCCGGAGAACCUGGAAAAAUUAUUGCAAUUACCAAUUUAUCAAAACAAAACUCAACUAAUUAUUAUUUUAUUAAAAAUUCAUCAAAAGAUUUACUUGCACCAUUUAAAAAAGUUAAAUCGGAGUAUAUGAACUCUAAAUCUAAAGAUGAAAUUUUUACAUUAAAUCCAUUGGUAAUUUUGAAAAAUAAUAGACAAAUUCAAUUAAAAAAAAUUCUAUCAGGAAAAUUAAAUAAUACUGAAAAACAUCUCAACGGUCAUAAGGGUAUUAACUUGUAUGAUUAUAAUUUAAUAUCAAGUGUUAUCAGUCAUCCCAAAAAUCUUAAAAAUGAGUUAUUAGAAACAAAUAUCGGAAAAGUUUUUUGUAGAGUUUGUAUUAAAUACAACAAUACCGAUUAUUUGUUAUUUGGAACAUCAACUGGAAUUUAUACUAAACUUCAAAAAAGCUACCCCAGGAUUGCUGAUUUUAAAGACGUUAAACAAAUAGAAUACUUGGAAGUAUUUGAUCUCUUAGUAAUUUUAACCGAAAAUAAACUCAAAUACUGUUAUAUUAAUCAAUUUUUCCAUCAUUUUCUAAAAGGUGGUGACCAGAAUGAAAAUAUAGAUUUUUUUAGAUUACUCUCUGUUCAAAGUGUUUUAUCAUUUAAACUAGGUGUUUGUAAUGGAAAUUUAAUUGUAUUUUUAAUGUAUAAUAGCUUUUCAAAAAGUCAAGGAGGAACCAAUCACAUAAUUGGUGUGAUGGGUGAAAAUCCAGAAUCCAAAAAGAAAAGUGAAUUUAAUAGUUUUUCUGGGAAUAGAAACACUUUUAUUGUGGGAUAUCAACAUCAAAAUAAUAAUAAAAAAGACUUGGUUUCCGUAUUACACGAUAUUAAAGAAUUGGUUUUGCCAGGGGUCUGUUAUGGAUUAACUGUUUUUGAAGAUUAUAGGUUUGUUAUUCAGUUAGAUAAUGGAUUUGAAUUAUUAAAAUUAACGUCAAACGAUGACAAAACUAUUAUUCCAACAAAUUUCAAUAAAUUCAAUAACAUUUAUAACAAUAAUAUUAAUAUUAAUAAUAAUACUAUCAAUAGUAUUGAUAAUUUUAGAUUUGAUCAAGUGAAUUUUGUUAAUGCAAUUACUCUUUUAAUAUUUAAUUAUGAAGAAUUGGUUUUGGUUUAUGAAUCGUUUGCAAUUAUUUGUGAUAGAUAUGGAAAUAAUAUUGAUAAUUUAGUGAAUUUUUUUAACAUUAAAUGCACAAAAGCUGAAAUUUUUGAAAAUUAUUUAAUAAUAUUUUCCAGUUCUAUAAUAGAAAUUUAUGACAUCAAUAAUAAUUUUGGGAAGGAGCCACCGAAGCAAAUCUUUUACGGAGACAGUAUCAGUUUAAUUGAUGAUAAUUCGUAUAACAAUAAGAAUAUUCAAUUUUGUGCAAGUAAAUAUGAAAGUUCAUCGAAUGAUAUGAUACUAUUUGAGCUCGCUCCAAAAGAACAAAAAACAAAAGGUAAUUGAUGCUUUUGAACAAAAUUUCUGGUAAGCCUAUGUCUUUAUUUAUGUAGUUUUAUAGUUUGAAUUCAAAUUCUGAUUUAUUAGAUUAGUAUUGUAGAAGUAAAAGCAUUGAAAAAAAAAGAAAAAAAAGAAAAUAGAUAUUAAAAAU